AUGGUAGUUAUUUCCUCGUUCAAGUCACGUGCCAAGCAACAUCCUCAAAGGGGAACAAACAUGAAAAAUGGAAUUUCUUUAGUAGAUCCAUCAGAUUCAUUGUCAGCGCAAGUACUUUCCUUAGCUUGCGACAUGUCACGAAUAUCUAAAGCCACAUCCUCUAGCGUUUCCAACCAGAAACGCUCAAAGCUAAUACCAGAGAAACGUGAGGGCCAGCUUUUGGAACAAAUAGACGAUGAGGUGCUCCAUGUCAAUGUCCUACGGAACAAUCUCAAAACCCAGGCAGCUAAAGCGGCAGAAACAAGAGAACCAACAGGUGAAUCUGUGGCAUCUCUACAGCAGCAACUUCCACAGCAGCAGCCGACUCAGUCUACGAUUACACCAACGAUUGAAGAAGAGAUGUCUCUUCAAGAAAAAUCGGAGCAACUAGCUGACGAAAACUGGCACAUCGCCACCGAGUACUACAAAAACAUCGAUACCAAAGCAUUCCGCCAAUACGAGCUAGCUUGCGACAGAGUCAAAUCUUUCUACGAAGAGCAACACGCGAAGCAAACUGUGGCUUACAAUAUCCAAGCUCGAAUCAACUUCAAAACAAAGACUCGUGACCAAAAAAUGACAGUUUGGCAGGCAUUGGAGAAAUUGAACAAGUUGUUGGAUGAAAGCGAUCCCGACACUGAACUCUCACAGAUCCUGCAUGCUUUGCAGACGGCAGAAGCUAUUCGAAGAGAUGGCAGACCACGUUGGUUUCAACUAGUUGGUCUAAUUCAUGAUUUGGGCAAAUUGCUCUAUUUCUACGAUUCACACGGACAAUGGGAUGUGGUUGGUGAUACUUUCCCUGUGGGGUGUAAAUUCUCCAAACGAAUCAUUUUCCCAGAUAGUUUUAAAGCCAACCCGGAUUUCCUCAAUCCAUUAUACAAUACGAAAUACGGCAUCUAUUCGAAACAUUGUGGGUUGGAUAAAGUAAUGUUGAGCUGGGGUCACGAUGAGUACAUGUUUCACAUUGCAAAGAAGUAUUCAAAAUUGCCCAAGGAAGGUUUGGCUAUGAUUCGGUACCAUUCAUUUUAUCCUUGGCAUCAAGAGAUGGCGUACACUUAUCUCAUGAACGAUCAUGAUAAGGAGAUGUUGAAGGCGGUCAAGGCGUUUAACCAAUAUGAUCUAUAUUCAAAGAUUGAGCAAGAGUGUGAUGUGGACAAGUUGAAGCCGUAUUAUCUUGAUUUGAUUGAUGAGUUUUUCCCUGAUAAAGUGAUUGAUUUUUGA